CAAAACUGUGACCAAAUAAUCUCCCUCUCUAAUUCACUUCUUCCGAGAAAGUAUUCAGUGAAGUCGACACAAUGUAGCUAACAGUAUAAUUUAUACUGUUUGAAUAUAUGAAAAAGAAACCGUAAGAGUAUAUCGAACUGGCAUCGGGUGGUGGUUAUUAGAAUUUACAUCUAAUGGUUAUUAUGGAACAAUCAGGCUGUGGUGUGGCAGUUUGAUUGAAUAAAUUUUCUUCUCUCUCUCUCUCUCUCUCUCUCUCUCUCUCUCUCUCUCUCUACUUUUUGUAAUCUCUUUUCUUUUUCUCUCUCACCAAUACAAAAAAAGCACUUCACAAGUCACCAAAGUUGGUCUCUUUCAGUCUCUCUCUCUCUCUCUCUUUCUCUCUGUUUGCUUAAGUUUUCCUUACCGGUUUUUGCAUGUCUCUUCUUUCUCUCACUUCUAGGCUUUCAGUGCUUCUCUUCUUUUUCAUAAUGGUAACUUUUCACCAAAGUGAGUAGCAUAUCCAAGGAACUUCACUUCUACUUAUAACUUCCUUUCAUUUCUUCUACAAUCUUCAAAAUUUUCUUACAAUUUUCUCAACAACCAAACACCUUCCUUUCUCAAGAAACCCCCCAUCACUUUCCCUUCAAAAGCUUUCUGUUCUUCCUUGAAAGAACUACAGGUUAAAGGUUUGUUGAAAGAAAUAAGAAAGGCACCAAGACUUCGAGCAUUUAUGGUCAGUUGAGGAUAUCAUGGAGCAUAUAAUGAGUUUCUGGCUGAGGAAACGAUAGAGAGAUAAACCAACUUUCUCCAGUGUUUGGAUUGUAGAACAAGCAAUCCGCUGCCAAGAAUGGAGUUAUCCAUGAUUAGAUCAUACAUAUACUGAGGAUUCCUAACCUCCUUGAGUUGGCAUUUUAGUCUCAUUUCUAAUGGAGAAGUGCCCUGUUUAUCCUCUUCGUUCCCUGUUGAUGCUCCUAUUCAUUUUGAGUCUUUUUGUUCCAAGUAUGCCUCUUCCGACCGAGACUCAAGCGUUGCUUCGUUUCAAAGAGAAUCUCAAAGACCCGACAGGUUUUCUUAAUUCUUGGAUUGAUUCUGAAUCCCCUUGUGGAUUCUCUGGGAUUACUUGCGACCGGGCUUCUGGAAAAGUUGUAGAAAUUUCCUUGGAAAACAAGUCACUUUCUGGUGAGAUUUCUCCAUCCAUUUCUGUUCUGCAAUGGCUCACAACACUUUCAUUGGCCUCAAACCAUAUUUCUGGGGAGCUUCCCAACCAACUAAUCAACUGUAGCAAUCUUAGAGUAUUGAAUCUCACUGAUAAUGAAAUGGUUAAGAGGAUUCCUGAUCUUUCUCAGCUAAAAAAAUUGGAGGUUCUAGAUCUAUCAAUCAACUUCUUUUCAGGCCAAUUCCCAAUUUGGGUUGGAAAUUUAACUGGAUUGGUUUCUCUAGGACUUGGUCAAAAUGAGUUCGAGGUUGGUGAGAUUCCAGAAUCUAUUGGAAAUUUGAAGAAUUUAACUUGGCUAUAUCUGGCAAAUGCACAAUUGAGAGGGGAAAUACCAGAGUCUCUCUUUGAAUUGAAGGCAUUAAAGACAUUGGAUCUUUCAAGGAACGAGCUUUCUGGUAAAAUCUCCAAGUCAAUAUCCAAGUUGCAAAAUCUGAAUAAGCUUGAGCUGUUCGUUAACAAGUUGACUGGAGAAAUUCCACCAGAGAUUUCAAACCUUACCCUUCUACAAGAAAUUGAUAUUUCUGCUAAUAGUUUGUAUGGCCAGUUGCCAGAAGAGGUUGGGAACUUAAGGAAUUUGGUGGUUUUUCAGUUGUAUGAAAACAACUUCUCUGGAAAACUUCCUGAAGGAUUUGGAAAUAUGCAAAACCUUAUUGCAUUUUCAAUCUAUAGGAACAAUUUUUCUGGAGAAUUUCCAGUGAACUUCGGCAGAUUUUCUCCGCUCAACAGUAUCGACAUAUCUGAGAACCAAUUUUCAGGGAUCUUUCCUCAGUUCUUGUGUGAGAAAAGGAAGUUGGAGUUCUUACUUGCUCUGGAAAAUAGAUUUUCUGGAGAGCUGCCAUUUGCUUUAGCUGAGUGCAAAUCACUGCAAAGAUUCAGAAUUAACAAUAAUCAAAUGUCUGGCAGCAUUCCAGAUGGGGUAUGGGCUCUUCCUAAUGCAAAAAUGAUUGACUUUAGUGAUAAUGAAUUCAUUGGAAUUAUAUCCCCAAACAUUGGUCUAUCUACUAGCUUGAGCCAGUUGGUUUUGCCAAACAAUAAGUUUUCUGGUAACCUUCCAUCAGAGCUUGGCAAGUUGACAAACUUAGAGAGGCUCUAUUUGAGUAAUAACAAGUUCGAUGGAGAAAUACCUUCUGAAAUUGGUUUCCUCAGGCAACUUUCAUCGUUACACCUGGAAGUAAAUUCAUUGAAUGGAUCAAUCCCAUUAGAGAUCGGUAACUGUGAAAGACUUGUGGACGUAAAUUUUGCUCAAAACUCUCUGAGUGGUAGCAUUCCAUCUUCAUUUUCGUUAAUCAGCUCUUUGAACUCCCUGAACCUGUCAAGCAACAAACUUUCAGGUAUAAUCCCAGAAUCCUUGGAGAAGAUGAAACUAAGUUCGAUUGAUUUGUCAGGAAAUCAGCUGUUCGGAAGAGUUCCAUCCAGUCUUCUGGCAAUGAGUGGAGACAAAGCAUUUUUGGACAACAAAGAACUCUGUGUUGAUGAAAACUACAGAGAAAGGAUAAAUACCACCCUGGUAACUUGUACUGGAAAGAAUAGUCAGAAAGGGGUGCUUAAUGAUGAACUUCUAUUUUUCAGUAUCAUAGUUUCCAUCUUGGUUUGUGUAUUAGCAGGGCUAGCGUUUGUAAGUUAUAAUUGCUCGAAGAUCAGUCAGACUGACCCAGAGGCCAGUCGGGAAGGGGACCGACAAGGAGCUCCAAAAUGGAAAAUUGCAUCAUUCCAUCAAGUGGAAAUCGAUGCAGAUGAAAUAUGCAGCUUUGAAGAAGAAAAUUUGAUAGGGAGUGGAGGAACAGGAAAAGUUUAUCGGUUGGAUCUCAAGAAAAAUGGCAAUACAGUGGCUGUUAAACAACUCCGGAAAGGAGAUGCAAUGAAGGUUUUGGCUGCAGAAAUGGAGAUUCUGGGGAAGAUAAGGCAUAGAAACAUCUUGAAGCUCUAUGCCUGCUUAAUGAGAGAAGGCUCAAGUUAUCUAGUUUUUGAAUAUAUGACUAAUGGCAACCUGUAUGAAGCACUUCAGAGACAGAUCAAAGGUGGACAGCCUGAGUUGAACUGGUAUCAGAGGUACAAGAUUGCACUGGGAGCAGCAAGGGGGGUUGCUUACUUGCACCAUGAUUGCUCACCACCUAUAAUUCAUAGAGAUAUAAAAUCAACAAAUAUACUUCUUGAUGGAGAUUAUGAACCAAAAAUUGCUGAUUUUGGGGUUGCAAAAGUUGCAGAUCAGUUUCAAAGUGCUUCUGAGCACAGCUCUCUUGCUGGCACUCAUGGUUAUAUUGCUCCUGAGCUAGCAUAUACUCCGAAAGUUUCAGAAAAAAGUGAUGUGUACAGUUAUGGUGUGGUGCUAUUAGAAUUGAUUACUGGAAGGAGACCAAUAGAAGAUGAAUACGGAGAAGGAAAAGAUAUAGUCUACUGGAUUUCAACACACCUCGAUGACCGUGAUAAUGCCCUCAAGCUUCUAGACAUCAGAGUUGCAUCUGAAGCCAUCCAAAAUGACAUGAUUAAGGUCCUGAAGAUUGCUGUACUUUGCACAACAAAGCUUCCAUCACUUCGCCCUUCGAUGAGAGAGGUAGUGAAGAUGCUAUCGGACGCUGAUCCCUACUCUUCUUCAAUGUCCCUGAACAACAGUUCAAAUAAAAACAUUAAGGAUUUUGUUUAGUUCUUCAUCAAGAAUGUAAGCUUCGCCGUAAUGAUCAAAGUACUCAAGAUUUUUACAGUUGCCAUCAGAAGCUUUGCCCAUCAAAUAUAAGAGCAAUAGCAUGUACCCAAUUAGCAGGCUCUGAAGAAUGUAGAUCUCCAAGGAAUUUAGCAUAAAACUAAGGAUAAUAUAUUUGUAGAGCUCAUCAAAUGAAGUGUGUAUAAGAGAAUUUUCUUUCUGAAGACUGCUAAAGUCAUCUUCCUUCCCAUUUAAAGAAAAAAAAAAAUUUCUGUUAUGUCAUAUAUGUAAAACAUAUUGCUGUCAAGAACAAGAUCCUCCAACUUUUAAGUUGGAAGUGUCAAACCAGAAAAUUUUUUAGCCUCAA